AUGUCUUCCUUCAAGAAUCGCUCUGACAAAGAGGAGGAGGAGCCGCCGCAUCUGUCGGAACACGUGCCGCCAAAAAAGAAACGGAAGCAUGUGUCGGCUCUUGUUGACAGUUCCGAGAAAGUGAAGAGCUUCGUCGGGGAUUCGAGAGGUGCGAUCUUCAAGGACAAGAGUUUGGCUCUGCUGAUGAUUUUUUUCAAGCUUGUUCAAAAACACUUGGCUUCGACUACCAAAAUCGAUGAGUCGAUAGUGAGGAUAUCGGAGGAAGACAUGGAGAUUCCAUUUGUGGAUUUCUUGACAAAGAUGCGAUCAUCUUGUAUGCCAUUGCGAUGCAAGAUUAUGAUCAAGACAAUACAGAAACUUGUAGAGAUUUACUUAAGACCAAAGAGGGGAUUGAUCGAUUGGCUCUAUAUACAUUACAUCUAUUGGCAGAUCAUUCGUAAUUCUAUGUUCAAACUCACUGGAGGUGUUGAUAUAUCCAAUUUAUGGACAAGGAGAACUUCGACAAGCUUUUUGUCGUUGAGCCGCUGUCAAAGGAUGCAUCUAUACAAGGCAAUUGAGUUGAUUGUUGUAACCAAAUAUAUGUUUAAGUGCCAAAAGUUGAUUCUGGAUCCCUAUAUUACUGUUGGAUUGGAGUCAUUAUCAUCAUUGACGGAUCAGCAGAAAGAAACUCUUCGGGUUCUUGUCCCAAAGGCGAUAAGCAGUAAGGGGAAAAUAACAAGAGGAAUAUGUAUCAUUAGAGGUUAUGUGAAAGCUGAUACAUUAAGCGUUCUUAUCGUAUAUCCACCAAAAUCUUUGUUUCCUGAACAGCUAACUACGUUCCGGAUUCUGCAGCUUGGUAGUGGUUUAGCGAACGGUGAGAAUCAUGCAUACAUGAAGAUCCGUCUCAGAGCUGAAGAUGUUCAAGGAAGGAAUGUAUUGACCCAACAGACAGCUACACCUUGA